GACGAGAGUUUGUGCUCAAACGUGACGGCUUAUCACAACGAUAAAGACGUGCAAGCAGAUGCCAAUUAUUUCUAUUUUUUGUCGUCUCUAGUGCUCAUUAUCCCUUCGCUUUUUUCUACGCUGGCACUGGGAGCAGGUGAGAUGUGA